GUGGAUCUAAUCAGAAUAAUGUUCAACAUAAACCCUUUGGAGAACCUGAAGGUUUACAUCAGCAGUCGCCCUCCCCUUGUGGUCUUUAUGAUCAGCGUAAGCGCAAUGGCAAUAGCUUUUCUGACACUGGGCUAUUUCUUUAAAAUCAAGGAGAUCAAGUCACCGGAAAUGACAGAGAUAUCCGAGAAUGAAACCUUAAAACAUCUCAUCAAUGAUACCACAGCUCCAGAAAGUACAGUGCCUAGCGGGCAAGCCAGAUCUUCUACACAAUCGCCACAGACUCUUGAGGACUCUGGUCCAGUAAACAUCUCUGUGACAAUCACUCUAACUCUGGACCCACUCAAACCAUUUGGUGGGUAUUCCCGUAAUAUCACACAUCUAAGUUCCACAAUUUUGGGGCACCAGAUUGGACUCUCAGGCAGAGAAUCCCACGAGGAGAUGAACAUUACAUUCACCCUGCCUGCUGCCUGGAAUUCAGAUGACUGUGUUCUCCAUGGUCACUGUGAACAGGUGGUAUUUACAACCUGUAUGACAGUCACAGCAGCCAGCAGUGUGUUUCCUGUCACAGUUCAGCCACCACAUUGUGUUCCUGAGACAUACAGCAAUGCUACGCUCUGGUACAAGAUCUUCACUACAGCCAGGGACUCAAAUACAAAAUAUGCACAAGAUUAUAACCCUUUCUGGUGUUACAAAGGAGCUAUUGGAAAAGUCUAUCAUGCUUUAAAUCCCAAACUAACUGUCAUAGUUCCAGAUGAUGAUCGCUCACUAAUAAACCUGCAUCUCAUGCAUACCAGUUAUUUUCUUUUUGUGAUGGUGAUUACAAUGUUCUGCUAUGCAGUUAUUAAAGGUAGACCAAGCAAACUGAGGCAAAGCAAUACAGAAUUCUGCCCUGAAAAAGUUGCUUUGUCAGAAGCAUAAUCCAUUUCCUCCUUUUACUGAAAAUGGCUGAGAACCAUAAUCAUUGCCUGCUGAGCCCAGAUGGGCCUUAAGACUUUGUGAAUACAUUAUCUUGCAAUGUUGGUUUAUUCCAACCAAAGACAUUUCAAGUGCCUGUAAUUGAUUUGUACAUAUUUAUAAAAGUAUAUUCAGAACAGGUCAGAUGAUGCACUUGUUCCGCAUAGUAGUGCGGCGCGGAACUUUAAACCUAUACCUGUGGACAUAGCUGAAUGUUUGAGUAGAUAAUAGAUAUGUUUAGUGAUAAAGAUCACAUAGAGCAAGAUAUUUUUGUCUAGCUGCAUCUGGGCAGAUGAAGGUGUCCUUCCAAAUGUCUCAAACAAUACAAAACAAACCCUUUGUUUUUGCCCAAUGAUAUGUACAGUAUACAAUGUGUUUGAAACAGUCUGCAUCUUUGAUAUAAUAUUGCAUUUCCAAAGCCACUGGUCUACUACAUACAUCUCCUGUGGUAUGUGGCUUAAUACUUUUUUCCAUUUGUUCCUUGCUUGAAAGAAAAAUAUCAAUAUUUCUAGGGUUUUUUUUAAAAUAGAAAUACAUAUUCACAUUUUAAUACUGCAGUAGUUAGGACAAACUUGUGCUUUUAUCCAGAAUUUAAUUAAAGGCAGAGUCUCAUUUUAAAAUCCUUUCUGUUGCACAGUGCUAAGUUUUGCUUUUCAUGUGGCCUGCUUGAAUGGGAGAGCAUUGAUUGGCAUUGGGGUUGUUUGGAAAGCUUUCCACUUUGCCUCCCCCCUUCAUGGGCUUCAAACCAGGAAUUUCUUUGGUACAAAGUAGCUUUUUAUAACCUGUCUGAAAGUGGAUUUAAAAACACAUUCUAUUAAUAGUCAGUUGUGGCUCCAUGUAGCUUUGUCCAGUGCAAAUAACAAAAGGAAAAGGAAGAAACAAUGAUACUGUAAGUGCUUCAUGUUGGAUCUUUCAUACAUCUCUAAAGGGCAACUGAAAAUGACAUUUGAUUAGCUUUGUCCAAUGUAUCUACUCUUGUCUACUGCGGGGAAGGUGACAACUAGUGGUCUAGUCCUGUUGUGAAUAAGUUGAGAGAAAUCUUGCCUGAGAAAUUUGUAUUGGUCUUCGUGUCCAUUCUUAAGUAAGAGCAGACUUGAUUUCUUAGAGAGCUUUUGUUCUGUGGGGUCGCUCCCCCUCCCCAAUUUGUCUUAUUCAUUCUCCUUCUAGCCUGUCCUAUCUAAUGAGAUUUAUUAAACCUGGAGAAGUUUCCUUUAGACACUUCCUCCCUGGCUUUUAAAAUCUUACUGGUUGCCUUAAUGACCCUUCAUGUAAUCUUUCAGCUUUUUUGUCAGGUAGCACGGUUUUGUAUUUGUAAAUGUGUGCAUACAUUUUGCUUUAAGUUUCAGGCUGCCAUGUGGUACGUGAAACCAUAAAUCCAAUUCAAAGAUUGUAAUUAGGGAUAUUAAAUCAACUAAUCGACUAAUCAAUGGAUUUUCCAUCGGCUAGUCGAUAAGCAGGGGAGCCACAGCGGGGUUAGCUCCAGAUCCGGGAACUAACCCUGUCAUCUCUUAAAACAUUUAAAAGGCUGGUGUGCAGUGGGGGGAACCCAGUGUGAGCCAGGAAUCAGCUGUCCAAGCUUGUGUCCAGUCCCCCGCUGCUCCCCUGUGCCUCAUGGGGAACCAGCUUUUAAGCCAGGCCCCCUCCCACCGCCCCCCACCCCCUGCCCAGCACCAGCCUCUGUUCUCCCAUCCCUUUUUGCGGGGGUGGAGGGAGAGACUAGUCGCUUACAUCCCUAAGUGUAAUUUCUGAUCUGUUGGCAUUGAUUGCACUCUGUUGUGAUUUGCAGACCAUUUUAUAUGUUCUAUAUUAUAUAAAAUUGCUUUAGGACUCCAAUGUAUGGCAGAUUCAUAUUUUUUUUCAGAAUUUUUGAAGAAAAAAAAUCAGAUUUUUCUUCAGAAAAUGGUUCCUCAUAUAAUUGUGAUAGCCACCACACACUGAAAAAUUAUUUCACUAAAAUGUGGGGGUUUUUCCUCCAGAUAUCUUAAAUUAAACUUUAGAGACAGCCAUUUAGUCUGAAUUCCAGAAAUGAAAUAACCUGGGUUUCUAUUCUUCAGCUUAAAAUGCUGUUAACUAGUAAAACUGCAACAAUGAUGCAGUAAAUGUACUGAGUAAAAAUACAUAGAAAGUUAGAGAAACACUCUUAUACUGUUCUCAUAUCUGCAUCCUCAUCCUUUUUAUUUAGUACUCAUCUUUGAAACCAACUAGGGAGUGGCUCAGAACUGGUAACUUGGGAAGGAGGUUGGUGCUAAUUCAGGAAGUAUAAAAAAAUGCCCAGAGAACUCUUCCAUGAUCACAUAAAGAUACUUUAAAUAAAUCUAAAAUCCAUUAUAUAAUUCAGCAAACUGUCAAGCCCCGAACAGAACUGCCUAGACAGUAAAAUGCAAUUGUGUGUUUAAAAAAAUAAAAAUAAAAUAUUGGGCUUUGUUGGGGAACAGGCUUUUAUAUAGUGUGUGUUUGAUUAUUAGAGGGGACAGCUUAAAAAAUACAGCCAAAUCCCACAAUUAACUGCACUACAAUAAACAUUAAACUCAGAUUGCAAUCCACAAAUGCAAGGAAGUUAGCAUUAAGGACGUACUUUUCGUUUUUGAUUUACCCCCUUUGUACCUAGGUAUUGCAGAAUAAGUGAGAUCACUCAGUGGGCUGAGACUGUCAUACUUCUAAGAGUAUCUGAUUGUACCUAGGCACAGUUCACACACAAAAUUAAUGCAGCCAAGCAGAAAGGUAAAAACUUAAUAUUAAAGUGGUUGUUCAGAUCAUAUUGAUCUUUCCUUUUUGUUUUCUUUUUCUUUUUUUAACUAUGACUUGAAUCAGUUUUGAUUCUAUUUGUAAGUAUUUUCUUGUUGUUAGAAAGCUGCCAUUUCUGUUGGAUUUUUCUUUUGGCAUUACAUAGAAAAUCUGAGCCUUGGUUUAUAGCCUUCCUCUGCAAGUUGAUGUAGGGUUAAGAUGGUAUAUUUAAAAAAAUUCACUUGUAUUGUUGCAUGAUGGUUAAUAGCUGAUUUGAUAAUGACAUUUCUCUCCUAUAUUAAUUUUGUGUUUGUAAGAUGUGGAUAUUACUUUGCAGAAUAAAAAGUUUAUUCCAUUG